GCUGUAAAUCUGAGUGAAAUUCUGAGCAAGAGUCGAAGGCACUGGAGUAUUGAUUUUCUAACUCAGGUUCUACGGACAUGCAUUAGUGCCAUAACUUUAUACCCAAAUGACUUUAGACAAGCCAAUAGAUGUGUUUAUACCCAACUUGAUCUCAAGAGAAAUUCUUCGAAUUUUAUUGGACAAUUCCAUUCAAUCUAUCACCGUGCAACUCCAGUAGGAUUAUUUGAUCCGCAAACAUGUCAUAUCCGACGAAGUAUUGUGAUUAUUGGAGAACGUGGACUGGGAAAAGAAUUCGUCUUAAGAUGCAUUUGGCAGCUAGCACCGGAUUCCUUCUACAUUCCAUCAAAUGCUUUCGAAGUGGAAGACUUCUACGAUGAACACGAAACGGGAACCCAUUGGCCACUGGCCUUUGGAAGACUUGAUGAUACCCUUCGAAAGCGGAGGCAGAAGGGGAAGGAAAUGGAAAAUCGUACAAAUAUCUACUGGAGUAUUUCUAGUAAUUUAAAACUAAGUAAAACAAAAUUCGUAGGACAAAGGAGAAAAACUAGAACUCAAAUAUCAAGCGAAAUGUUUGACUGUGCUAGAAGGACAAUCAAAGUUGGAAAGAUUCCAAUUUUAGUAGUUUCUCCUCCCAUCCUAAAUGAAUGGCGAGUAUCUGCAGAACUGGCUGCCCUCACUGUAUUACUACAACCAGCAAAAAUUAAGAAAUUUGAUGUCAUGCCAACUAAACUCGAAAACAUCGAUAUAUGUUUGACACAUUCACCAUGGAAUCCUACAAAGACUGCGAAAUCAAUUGUUGAAACAUUCUGCGCCAUGAAUAAUGGCAAAAGACAAUGCACAAUCUCUUGGAAACCUAGGAUCUGGUUUAACUAUACGACAGAGUCCGAAAUGGACAUAUAA